AUGCCCAAUAAGCUUCAGAAGCGUGCAUCCCCUUGGUACGAUGGGAAUAGCCUCGCUACCACCCUCGACGGCGGCCCUCGUUAUGAAUCCCUUCCUCAGGGCACGAGACAGCCCAUUCCGAUAGCUCCCACCCGAGACCAGGCCGUAGUGUCAGGUGCUUUGUACAGCAAUAACCCCUACGCCCCGAGCUCGGUCGCUUCCACCUUCUCACCUGUGUCACCGCUUCAGCCUCCGGUGCCUCUCGUUAUGGCGUCAAUAUCAGAUUCGCAGAGGCCCACAAGCUCGCGCAGCUCAGUCGACGUCCGACGGCUUGAUGGCACGCCGUACUCAGCGGGCGAGAAACAGAUCCGAGUCGCGAAAGAUAUGCACGCAGGUGCUCUACCCCCCGCCUACAAUCCGUCUACCGCAGAUCUCCCGCAACAACCUUCUGCCGACCAGAGCCAUGGAUGCUCCAAACCGAACUGUACAAAGUGUGGCAAACGCAAGACUCUGCUCGAACAGGCACAACCUAACGCCUCACGCGCCGUCCCACACUACUCACGUCCCAUCUCCCAGGGCUCAACCAUUGCAGGCCCGUCUACAGUUCCUGCAGGACAACCUUUGAAGAAAUGUCACAAGUGCGGAAAGCACAAAAAGCCUCUCAUGGUUCCGCUGCCUCCUCAACCGGUGUUCAGCACACAGAACCGUUUCUCGUCCCAAUCUACGAUCGUGCCCCAGCCUACGCGGCCGCAACAGCCUUCCCUGUCAAUUCUUGCUGGCGACAACCUUCCGCAGCCGUCUGUGCCGCAACUUGAUGUGAUUCCUCCCAGCGCAUCGACGUAUCGUCCCGUCAACUCAGCCCUGAGCAACUACACCGAUUCAGAACCUCUCGUCAAGCAAGAACAACGACAAGGCUACCAGGCUUUCCGGCCAACGUCCCUGAUCCGCUCGCUCUCCCGCCGCAGUAGCAACAAAUCCAGAUCUGGGCCACCCACACCUGGCUCCGACUCUGCCGAACAAACUUCUGGUGGCUUCAUGGGCAUGAUACGCAAUCACAGCUCAAAAGAUUACCGCAAGCUCACCGCGGAAGAGCCGCUUUCGCGACCCCAUAGCCCGGCUUUCUCCUUCAUGGAAGCCGCCAAUGAUGACGCUUUUGAGUUGCGACCCAUGACCGGCGUCAACAAGGAUUUGGGUAGCCCGACAUCUGACGGCACCCGUUCACCGCCCGUUCAGUCACCCAACGAGUCUCUGAGCCGCCCUAGCCACAACCGAUCGACAUCGAUUCAACCUGAGGGCGACUUAAUGCUCGCGAUCCCGGAACAGGGCGGUGACAACCGGCCGCAACUGACCCGCUUCAAGAGUUUGAGGAGCGGUGUAUCGAGAGCGGCCAGCACCGUCAGCCGGUCUGGUAGUUUGAAGAGAUUGGGUAGUAUUCAUCAGGCAUUCUACAGAGACGACUUGUCGCUUGAUGCGCACAACGAUGGUGAACGAGGAACUGUCGCGGCGUUUUGA